CUGAAGUGUUCAAAACCUAUCUGAAAAACUCCCAAACCGCCGGUGUGUAACCAAUUUGACCGCCAUCCGCUCGGCGACUCCCGGACACACUUUGUCAUAUUCCACCAGCGUAUUCCUUCUCAGUGCUCGAUAUCCUUAUUCAAAACGAUACGAGACACAUCAUUCAUUUACCGAUCGGGUUAACCUCAGGCUUAACUAACUUCUUGGGUGUAUGAGAGUUAUGCCAUUCGGACGGAACUGGAAUGGGUCCAUAUGUGUGCCAUCGACUCUGGUCGGAAGGUAGAUUCUACGGAAUUUCUGCAGGACAAGAGUACAUCGUGUGACCUAGAAGAAACAAUAACUGUUAUGGACCAUCGGUCACAACUUUUUUUAUCCUUAUUGUCACAACGUAACUUGAAUGUGCAUCUCUUGCUACGGAUACAAUUGAUGCUGAAAGUAUUAAAGGCAGGGCCAUUUCUAACGAGCUACGUAUCUAACCCUUCCAUCAUGGCGUCCAAGCUUCCUAUCGAGAUUAUCUUGACCAUCUGCAAAGACGCAGCCCAGCCGACGUUUUCUCAAAGGGAGAAAUAUGAUAUUAAAAAUCCUUACUCUACCGCCCUCUUCCUAUGUCUCGUCUCUCGACUUGUCAGACGCAUCAUCUUCCCCGAUUUCCUGCACACGAUCUUGCUCCGCCGACGUCACAGCUUAAAGAAGUUCGCAAAUGCUCUGCUUAUGCAGAAAGCGUACGCUGAGAAAAAGAACGAUCUUUUCUUCGACUAUACAUCCGCUGUACAGAGGAUGUGGAUUAGUGACGCAUUUGACUAUUUCGUCUAUGCAAAGGCCCGGUCGGAGGACCAAGACUCUCCCUUUUUUUGGCAGACCAGAUAUUCGGUCCCAAACGAAGAUGAGGAGCGCGCGCGCAACAUAAGCAUGUUGCUUCCAGUGAUCCUUGCUGCGCCAGAACUUGCGGUUGACCGUUGCCAUUUAGGGUAUAUCAGGGACAGCGUGCAAAAUGCAUGGUCUUCUCGCACAGAUCUUAAUGUCGGCGGACACUCUUCUUUUCCUGGGAAAACCAAAAAUCUAAUAAUAAUACGUCAAGCCGAGAACACGGGUGUGUAUGACGCCAGUGUCAGAAUAUCGGUUUUCCUUGCAUCAAUCCCGCAUCUCACUUACCUAAUCGAUUUGGCCGAGGAAUCAAACACUUUUCGCCGCGUCAGCUGUGGUACAGGAUCGCCAGAAAGAUUGGUGUAUUCUUGGAUGAGGAACAGUACGUGGAAUUCUAUGGAGAGCCUUGAAACCUUUUCAGUGGUCUACCCGCAUCUGCCUCCCAUCCACGAUUUCAAGUCAAUUACAUAUGCCGCAUAUGCCACGGGAAUAGACUUACAUGUGGAGCGAUUCACGGUGUCUGCUGCCCUUUACAAGCAGGAUCCUAACGCCUUCCCGUGGGGGCCACCGUGGUUUCCUGUGACGGAUCCUGGAAAUAAGAGGAUACAAUCGGAUGGUGUUUCCUUCGAGGUUACGCGUGAUAAGACCUACUUGUCACAGUAUUUUUGCUCUUGGGAGAAAGCUUGGGCCUGUGGGUUACCGACGGAUGAGGGGUACUGGAUGUCAGGCAGAUGA